AUGGCGACUAUGCAUGAGUGUGUUGCUACAAACACAAAUAAUAUCAGUCAGAAUCACUUUUGUAUGGUCUUUUCAAAGUUUAAAGACUAUCUAACACGUAAUGUCAACGCCAAAAUCAAAUGGCUGGGUGAUUUUGAGAAUUUGAAGCAUUUUAUGACAGAAUUAUAUGAUGCUGGAGGUGUCUGGAACUCGCCCGGGGGAAGUGCUAAAGUAUUUCUUUAUGAUCAAAUCAAGCUUACAUGGUAUGCGGACAACAACUCUAUGAUAUUUAAAGGUGUUGAUGGCCAAAUUCUGGAACGAUUGGUGAUUUUUACGCUAGAAACUGGCGUGCUAGAAACUGGCGUUUUAUUAACAAACGUGCAUAGUAACGGCGAUCUUGAGUUAAACACAUCAAAUAUUGAAGUUUGUGAUAAAGACAAGGUCGAAAGCUACUUUAAAGAUUGUUCUUCUCAAACGGUGAAUCAUCAUGAAAGAUGCACGAAUUGUGACCGAUUAUCAACAGAACUGACUGCUGCUGUAAAGAAAAUUGAUGGAUUAUAUGAGACUGUGAACAAAAUCUUCGAGUUGGUAUGUAUGAAAUCAAACUCAACAUUACUCACUGGCACGAUUAUGCAUGACCUCAGGCUAAAUACAGAUUUUAGUUCUGCUGAAGAUACAAACAGUAAUUUGCGAACUGUUUGUGAACUGUCUACAGAUCUCGAAGGAGUUAAGUUGGAUGCUGUUAUUACGGAGUCUAAACUUUCUAAAAACAUCCAUUCAAACCACGAAAAUAUUAACAAAAACAUCAAAUU